CCUUCUCCGCUUUGUCGUGUCGUGUUUGAUGGUAAUAAACCAAUUUUGAACAUGAUCCAUGUGCCCCCCACAUUUCAUACUUCCCAAAAUGCCCUCAUCUCCCCCACUUUCUGCCAUUCUUGCCCUUCCCUUUCCUUCCAAACUUCAUUAACAGCUGCCUCCCACUUCACCUCUUCUUCACACAGAAAGAGAGACAGAGGGAGAGAGAAAGAGAGAGAGAGAUUUAUGUGCGCCCACUAGCUCUUUUGUUUAUUUAUCUGAGUUGUGUAGAGAGAGAGAGAGAGAGUGGGAGAGAGAGGGGUUUAUAUGCACCCACAAGGUGUUUUGUUUAUCAUCUCUCCGAGUCGGGGUUAUUCUUGAAUAGAGAGAAUCAAGAAAGCAAGUGAAGAUGAGUGCAGGAACAAGCACUUUUAUUAUCAGAUGGAUCAACUUUCUCACAUUGUUAUUGGCUGUAGGUGUCCUGGGUUUUGGGGUGUGGAUGAGUAUGCAUCACGACAGCUGCCGGAAGUCUCUCACUCUUCCUGUUCUAGGCCUUGGCGCAGUAAUCUUUUUGAUAUCUAUUAUUGGAUUCUUGGGUGCCUGGAAGAAGAACUCCAUAUUGUUAUGGAUUUACCUCGUCAUGCUCUUUCUCGUUUUGGUUGCCAUCCUGGUUUUCACAGUCUUAGCGUUUAUUAUAACAAAUAAUGGCUCUGGGCAUACUGUAAACGGUUUGAAGUACAAGGAGUAUGAACUUCAUGAUUACAGUUCGUGGUUUUUAAAACAGUUGAACAGUACACAUAAUUGGAAGAAACUGAAAAGCUGUCUCAUUAAAGCUGAUGACUGCAAUAACCUGUCAAAAAAAUAUAAGAAUCUGAAGCAAUAUAAAUUAGCGAAAUUAACUCCAAUUGAAGCAGGAUGCUGCCGGCCCCCAUCGAAGUGUGGUUAUCUCGCUGUGAAUGCUUCAUACUAUGACUUGAGUUUUCAUCCAAUCAGUGCUGAUAAGGACUGCAAACUUUACAAAAAUACCAAGAACAUCAAGUGCUACAGUUGUGAUUCUUGCAAGGCUGGCGUUGCACAAUACAUGAAAACAGAAUGGAGGGUGGUUGCCAUCUUUAACUUGAUCCUUUUUGCUGUCCUGCUGUCAAGUGUAUUGUCUCACAUUGUGCUUCCUACAAUAUUUCUCUUUAAUUCUUCUCUGACCUUUUCUGACUCGAACUUUUGUGUGAUGUCAGUCCAUAAUCUAUUUUGUCGGGUGUUGUGCAAGACGAAAUGCUUCAAGAAACCGCACAAAAGUUUGAAGGUUGCUUCCCCAGAAAUUCCCAGAGGAAAAGUAAACUUUACUCUCGCCCCCUAUCAACUUCUAAUUAUACCAGUCACUGCGACUACCUGUUUUUUAGUUUCACUAUAGAGAAAAUAUAUGAUAGUUUUCAUUUUCAUGUCCAAGUCAGGGGUUUGUAAAGAAAAUCUUUCUCUGACAAUGUUUCCUUCAAUAUUUUUGCUCCCAGGUUUUAACUGUUUA